AUUUGCAAAACCGGAUCAAGUUAUGCAGCUGUGAAAGGAGCAGUGGCUGUUGUGGUAGAAGGAAAACAUUCAAAUACAAAUAUUGAAUUCUCCUACAAAAGCCCAAGUGUUUGUAAUAUGUAUCCAAACUUCGGGCCGAAAACUGGUGGAACAAAAAUAACAAUUUAUGGAGAAAAUCUUGCAAUUGGGAAUAAAAACAUUUCUUUGCGUCUUAGUGAUCAUCGAUGCGAAGAAAUAGCAGAAAUUACGGAAAAGAGAUCCGAUGCGGAAAAUGAUACAUUUGUGUGCGUUUCGAAAUGCAGCAUGUCUGCUCCAUGCUCUUCUAAUAUAACCGAACUGCACUUAUCAAUAGAUGGCAAUUACGUUGAUAUUAACAAAAAGCUAUGGUUUAGUUUUGUCGACGACCCAGUUGUUGGACGAGUAUCACCACUUACAGCAUUUGCCAGUGGAGGUACACGGCUAACAAUAGAAGGGCAUUUAUUAAACAAUGCACAUUCCUCGUCAAUCAAACUGAGUUACAAGGGUCAAAUUAUAGUAAGUUAA